AUGGUAAAAUACAAUGCGUAGCAAUCGAUAAUGAUAGAUAUCGAUAAGACAUUUGAGUUGGAAGAGCCUGUUGAUUGUGGAAGAAUUAAUUAACUUGUUGUGCAUAAAAUGAUGCGUUUUUUGCCAAAUACCCUUAAAUUAUGUACCCGUACUUUAAAUGUUCGUUACGCUAGUACCGAAUCCCAGGAAUUUGUAAAGGUCUCAAAUAAUGGUGGUGUGCGCGAAAUUACACUGUGCCAUCAGAGCACACGUAACUCUCUUUCGAUGGCCAUGAUGAAUGCCCUUCAUAAAGAUCUUGUUAAGGAUCCCGAAGACACCGAACUUCGCUGCAUAGUACUAUCGGCUGAAGGCAAGAUUUGGUCAGCUGGUCAUAACUUGAAGGAGCUGCAGGCCAAUGAUUCUGCCUACCGAAAGGAAGUCUUUCAAAAGAUCACUGACAUCAUAUUGGACAUACAGAAGUUGCCAGUUCCCGUGAUAGCCAAAGUAAAUGGCAUGGCUGCAGCGGCAGGUUGUCAGCUGGUUGCGUCCUGUGAUAUAAUCGUGGCUUCAGACAAGAGCACCUUCUCCACGCCCGGCGCUAGCGUUGGAGUCUUCUGCAAUACUCCCGGUGUGGCAAUUGGUCGCGUCAUGUCGCGUCCCAAAUCGGCAUAUAUGCUGAUGACUGGUCUGCCAAUUACUAGCCAAGAGGCUUACGUAGCUGGAUUGGUCACGAAAGUGGUGGCCGAAAAGGAUUUGGAUGAUACCAUUGAUGAAAUUGCAAGGGCCAUUAAAAGCAAGAGUCGUGCAGUAAUUAGCUUGGGCAAGCAAUUUUACUAUGAACAACUAAACCUGCCACUCAAGGAUGCCUACAAAUGUGGUCAGAAAAAAAUGAUGGAAAACCUGGAAUUGGACGACUGCAAAGAAGGUUUAACAAGCUUCAUUGAAAAGCGUCAUCCUGUGUGGAAGCAUAAGGCGUAAAUGAAUACGAUACUUUUUAGACUUGACCAGCCUUGCAUUUAUAUUGUUAUCAAAAAAUAAACACUUGUUACACUUUGCA